AUGAAGGUCACCGAGGGAACACGCUGGCGCGCCGGCCUCCCAGGCGUCACUUGGAAAGCCGGCAUCGAAGUCUCGCAGAUUGUCAAGGAGACGCCCGACGAGCUCCAGUUCCUCGUCUCGCCGCAGCAUGUCGCGCACCGCGCGCACACGGUCAACUCGGGCGUCAUCACCGUGACGGUGUCGUCGCCGCUUGACGAUGUGAUCAAGGUCCGCAUCGACCACCACUCGGGCCGCAAGGACCCCGGGCCGAACUUUGAGCUGUUCCCCGACGGCGCGCCGGAUGCGCCCAAGACGUCUGUCUCGCGCCCGACCAAGCAGUCGAUCAAGUUCACGUCGGGCAAGCUCUCGGUGAAUGUCAACACUGCGCCCAAUGAGUACGGCAUGGAGUUUGUCGACGCGACCAACGCCGAUGAGCCCAAGGUCCUCACGUCGGUCGGGCCGCAAGACACGUCGUUUGCAGACGUGCCCUACCGCUUCACGCUCGGCCAGGAGUCGGAGCAGAGCCGACUGACGACUGAGAACGACACGCUGCCCCGCCAGAACGGCAACUUUAUGCUCGAGGGCCGCAGCGAGGCGCUCGUCAGGUACAUGCUCAACGACUUUUCGCUCGUCGUCGGCGAGACGAUCUACGGCCUCGGCGAGCGGUUCGGUACGUUUGUGAAGAACGGCCAGGUCGUCGGCAUGUUCAACGACGACCACGCGUGCCACUCGCACAAGACGUACAAGAACAUUCCGUUCUACCUGUCGUCGCGCGGUUUCGGCGUCUUUGUCAACCACCCCGAGGAGGUCGAGUAUGAGAUUGGCCGCGGGUACAACUCGAAGAUUGGCGUCAGCGUCCGCGGUGAGCGCCUCGAGUACUUUAUCAUCGGCGGCGGGUCGGCGAAGGCAGCGCUCCAAAACUAUGUCCGCAUGGUCGGCCGUCCUGCCCUCCCACCGGCAUGGACGUUCGGCCUGUACCUCACCACGUCGUUCACCACGUCGUACGAUGAGGCAACGGUGUCGCACUUCCUCCAGAAGAUGCAGGACAACGACUGUCCCGUGCGCGUGUUCCACCUCGACUGUUUCUGGAUGGAGGCGUACGACUGGUGCUCGUUCCGCUGGGACCCAGUCGCGUUCCCCAACCCGCGCAAGUACCUCGCCGACAUCAAGGCCAAGUUUGGCGUCAAGAUCUGCGCCUGGGUCAACCCGUACAUCUCGCAGCGCACCCACCUGUUCCAGGAGGGCAUGGACAAGGGGUACUUUGUCAAGCGUACCGACGGCAGCGUGUGGCAGUGGGACUGGUGGCAGCCUGGCAUGGCCGUCGUGGACUUUAGCAACCCCGAGGCGUACAAGUGGUAUGCUGGGCUGAUCCGCGAGCUGCUCGACACGGGCGUCGACACCGUCAAGACCGACUUUGGAGAGCGCAGCCCCCACAAGGACGUCACGUUCCACGACGGCUCGGACCCGCGCAAGAUGCACAACUACUACUCGUACCUGUAUAACAAGUGCGUGUGGGACGUCAUCGAGGAGAAGUACGGCAAGCACGAGGCUGCGCUGUGGGCCCGCUCGGCUACGGCUGGCGGACAGCGGUUCCCGAUCCACUGGGGCGGCGACCCCUACUCGACAUGGGAGGGCAUGGCCGAGACGCUGCGCGGCGGGCUGUCGCUCGGCUUGUCCGGCUUCAGUUUCUGGAGCCACGAUAUCGGCGGAUUCCGCGGCUCGCCCGACCCGGUCCUCUUCUGCCGCUGGGUCGCGUUCGGCCUCUUUUCUUCUCACUCGCGCCUGCACGGGUGCGACAGCUACCGCGUGCCGUGGGACUUUGGGGACGAGGCCGUGCGGAUCACGAGCAAGAUGACGCACGAGAAGAUGCGCCUCAUGCCGUACAUCUUUGGCGCGAGUCUCCAGGCGCACGAGACGGGCCUGCCGCUCAUGCGCGCCAUGGUGCUCGAGUUCCCCGACGACCUGACGGCCCCCACGCUCGACAAGCAGUUCAUGCUCGGCGACUCGCUGCUCGUCGCGCCUGUGUUCGGCAACACGGCCCAGUUCUAUAUCCCCGAGGGACGCUGGACCAACUACUGGACCGGGGAGACGAUCGACGGCCCCCGCUGGGUCCAGGAGAAGGACUACCCCCUCGACGAGAUCCCGCUGUACGUCCGCCCUGGCAGCGUGCUCCUCCUCGGGCCUGAGAAGAUCGGCGUGCCAGACUACGACUACACGUCUGUCGGGCUCGAGGUGCGCGCGUUCGAGGUCGAGGAGGAGGUCACUGUGCGUGUCCCCGCUGCCACUGGUGGCAAGUGGGCCGGCAGCGUGACUGUUGCUCCUGGUGGCAAGGUGGCUGCUACUGGCGUCAAGAUCGCUCAGCGCGUCACCAACGGCCACUAG